AUGGGUCCUAAGAAGGGUGGAGGAGAGGGCUCCAAGAAGGCUCAAGGCCAGGCGCGCAAGGCAGAAGCGGCGGCGGGCAAGCAAGCCCAGAAAGAACAGGAGACACAGGUAGCAGAGGCAAAGAAGUGGGAUCAGGGCUCAAAGUCGAACUCGAAGGCCGACGCCGCCGCCGCGAAGAAGGAAGAAGCCGCUCGAAAGAAGGCUGAGAAGGAUGCGCUGCUUAAGGAGGAGGAAGCAUCACAGCCCUCGAAACCUAAGGGCGCUGGUGCCAAAAAGGCCGAGAAGAAGACGCGCGGUAUCGACUCUGCUCUGGGCUCGCUCAGCGCCACUGGUAUCGACAACGCUCUAGAUGCGCUCAGUCUCACUGCCAAAGAUGCCGACAAGAUCGACCGACACCCCGAGAGGAGGUAUAAGGCUGCCUAUGCAGCAUACGAAGAGCGCAGACUUGAGGAGAUGAAGGACGAGAAGGGCUUGAGACGGAACCAGAAGGUCGAGCAGAUUAGGAAAGAGUUCGACAAGCAUCCCGACAACCCGAAGAACCAGGCGGCGAUCGCAUACAAUGCAACAAGGGAUGAAGUUGCCGACUUCAAAGAAGCCGAGCGGGUCAAGAAGGAGGAGAGGUUGGGCGGUGCGUCCUGA